AUGCUUCGUUUCGAAUGCCGAUUCAAAAGGAAAGGAAGAGUCGAGAGAAAAAGGCGGAAGCGUCUCUCUCAUCCAGUGCUCGUUGGGGAGGGGGGGGGGAUCCCCAGUUGGUUUCUUCAUUCCUCGAUCUAUGCCGUAGAAAGAUGGGUGUAUCUAGACGUUUCCGGUGUGACGCAGCUCUGUAACGCUCCCCAUUCCCCACAAAACGAAACCCUACUCCUGCGACACGGUUCCGUCCUUCCACCGGAUGCAUGCCUUUUUUCGCUGACAUGCAAGACAGCCCUCACAAACGCCGGCCAGGUUCCCCGUUCUUCGUCUCCUCCGUCUUCGUCCCGUUCCUCUUCUUCAUCUACUCCUUCUUCCGCGUCUGCUCCUUCAUCGUUUCCGUCCUCGCACAGCCUCGCAAUUCCGGGGCCUCUAGGACUCUCCCGUUCCUCUCUCCUUUGCCGCUGUCAAGAUUUUGCCAUCUCUUCAGCAGCGCCUCUGGAAGACGAAGCCUGGGUCCUCUUCGGAACUGACUUCCCCCCGCUCGGCUUGGACCCGGGCACCCUUGAUUUUCCCUCUCUUGAGGAUUGCUCCGCGUCUUGCGUGCGACAAGCUCUUUCUCCUGCGGGCUUGAGACGCUUAACCAGCGAGGCGAAUCGAACCCCUUGUCUCUCCGCCGCUCCCCGGGAAAAAAGUGCAGCCUGUCGCCCCCCGAAAGACCGCGUUUCGCACCCUCAUCAAGAGCCAGAAGGUUCGCCUUCCUCUCCAUCCGGUGGGUCUCUACCACGUCAGAGAGCAGCUCCCGUCGAGCUGAAAAGCCACAGCAACCACGGGGAGACUGCGCCGCUGGGCAUGUCCUGUGAACAAAACAAGGAAGAUCAAGUGAUGCGCGCGGAAACACGCCCAGCCUUUCACAGCGAAAGCCGAAACGAUCGUUUGGGAUGCUUCGUCUCGCCUACGGGGGACGCCGAAGGCAGCUGUCUCUCUGAGAACCCGUCUGUGGAUACUGAAGCAGAUGCAGCGUUCUAUUCGCCGAGUCGCUGGCCGUCUCCGCCGUCUUCAGCCAGUUCAGCGCAGAAAUUCGGUGAAGCAGACGACAAAGAACAGAGCAUCCCACACCGAACAAACGCGCAGAAGGGAGCAGAAACACGACAUGGGAACGUCUGCAUGCACAGCUCGGUUCUCAAGUCACCACGCACUCACCCUACUCUGUGUGCAGCGACAGAGCUAGAGAACCACCAAAGAGCAGAGGCCAUAGAGAACAGAGGAAACGAGAGAGUUGGAAAGGAAGGAAAGGCUGAAUCUCGAGGGACACAGGCGGGACCCCGUUCACCUCCUGUGGCUUCACACACAAAAUCCGAUCGUCAAGGCCCGGGUUCGAGCGGAGACGAGUGUCCCAAGAGACUCUACAGCACUUCCAGAACAGCAAAGGCGGAAGUGGGAAACGCGAUGGGAAAACGCUGUGCGAAUGCUUGCGGUCAUGAAGGAGCAGACGACGGGAAAGCAGAGAAGAAGGAAACACCCGGAGGCGACUCUGUGACUGUACGCGACGAAGCGGAUGUGGCGAAACAGCUGAACAAAGGAGACCGCACAGAUGGCGUCGUCUCUGGAGAAGGACAUGGAACAGGGGUUGUCCAGCCAAGUGCAGAUUGCUUGGCAGACACUAAGCAGAGACGAGGGUGCGCGGCUCUCCAGAGCUGUCAGUGCACGACGGUUCCCGUCAGUGCUCUCUUCGAUAUCCAUGUUGCCGAGUUCUGUCGAGGAUACAGGCACGCAGGUGCCUUUGGCUACCACAAUUUCAAAAAGGCUUCAGAAGAGAGUUUCCGUUUUUGGGAAGCAUUCCAUGGGCAGAAAUGGCUCCAGCGGGUUUCGUCCGAUUCGGAAGAACUUGCGAACGGCUACAGUGCCUCAACGCGUCUUCCUAACCCGUGCGAGGAACCGCAGAGUGAACAUGCGGAAGCGAAGAACCACGCAUUUAAUGAGUGCAGUGCGAGUCGGAUUGGCAGCGGCACCCAGCGCGCCAUUGAUCAUGAGAAUAGGAAUCAUAGGAUGGCGAAGUCUGGCGGUGUUACGCAGUGUGCGAGAGUAGGUUGUCGGUCGCCGCCGGGUGGUUUGCAUCCUCCCUCAGUCUCCCUUCGUGUAAGCAAAUGCGCGACGGCACUAGAGGGGAGAAGUCCUGGUUCGGACAAGUGUGCGAAAAAGGGCGAAAAAAGAUGGAGAGACCGCUGUGAGCGAAUACCGGGUUUGCAAGCCCUGGGUGCAACUUUUGAAGAGUACGCCGCCAGCAGGCAAUGGAUGUUUCGCUUCUGCUCCUCUCUGCGACUGCCUGAAGAACUGGUGUACAUUUCGGUCCAGCUCAUGCAUUUUCUGCUCGAGAGAUGGGCUGCCUGGCAGCCCCCGCCGCGUGUCAUUCUUCCUCGGCUUCUGGAAACGGGCGAAAACGCAGUUCGCCCUCCAAGUGUCCCUUCGCAAAACCCGCGCCGCCAACACCCAGCUUCUCAGGCUGCGUCUUGUAGUACCGCGGCCUGUGCAUGUGGUCCUUCCGACUCGCGUUCUCCCUCCAGUUGUUCACGCGUUUCGCCUUCCGCUUCUGCAGGCGAGGAGGAACGGGAAGUCCUGCGGAUUCUUUGGGGCGUCUCCCCUGCUGGAGGGGAAGACGCCGGGAACGGCGACUCUGCCAGGUUUGCCGCAAACAGCCAGGAAACGCACAGUGGACGGAGGCGCACUGGGAAUUCUCUCGCCGGCAUCCAGCCAGGAAGUGGCAUGGACGCAGGAGAGCGCAUGAAAACUGGCCAAGCAAGCUUUCCGUAUCCGUUGUCGCCCCUCACUCGCCUCGCGUGCGUGUGCAUUGCAAUUGCGUACAAGCAACUCGAGGUCGUCCCCCACCUUGACUGCGCAGGAGUCGUGGUGCAGGCGAUCGUUUUCACGGAAACCGAGAAGAUCGAGGCAGGCAAAGAGCAGAAACCCCCCGCGCGCACGCCGCUUGAUCUGCCGGAAUCUUCGCCGAAGACGCACCGACGCCAAGAAGCCGGAGACCUGUGGAGGGAUCCUCCACGGCAGCGGGGCAACGCGGAAGAGAGAAAGAAUCGCGUUAGAGAGCAAGGAGAAAACCACGAAUCCUGGCUGACUCCUCACUCGCGGCAGCCCGCCAACGAAGUGUCUCGUGAACAUAGCGAUUGUUGCAGCUUCGCCUCUAGCCGUCACACACGUCGAACAGAGCCCUCCGCAGCUGUUCAACGCUCGAUACUUGCACACCCUGGAGAUCCGUCAGCCUUCUGCUGUGCAUGUUGCCAGUGUCCAGCAGGUCUUUCCACCUCUUCAGAGGGAGACAGUUCCCCGUCGUGCUCUCUUUGUUCCGCCUCGCGCGCAGCGUCCUCCAGCCCAACUCUGCUUUCUUCCCCCUCUUCUCUCUCUGCCUCUCGUCCCUUCUGUCGCCUCAACGCGCACGCCGUGCCUGACAGCGAGAGACAACCCCACGGGUGUGUUGCAGAUAAUAAAAUCCGUGAAGAUCUCGGGGAGGCGAAGAGUCUCCCUGCCUCCGAGGGGAAAGACCUCCCAGAGACACUGCAUGCAGGGAAAGCGAGUCACGGCGAGAAACCUGCGACGCCCGCUGGCGCCUCGGUCGCCUACAGGCCUUGGCCGCCGACAGGCUGGUUGGAGCUGUAUGCGUGGAGCUGCAUAGAAGAAGACAAUCUGUUGACGCACGCGAACGUCUUUCUCUUUCUUCAGUGGCUCUUGGGUGCAUGCAAACUUUAUCGAAGGCGCUACGGGGCUGCGUGGCUGGCCGAGGAAUCUGCGGAUGAACGCGAGAACGACGCGCAAGGCGCGCAAGGCGCACAAGGCGCACAAUGCCUCGAAACCGACGAGGCAGCGCAGGGCCUUGAUGCGGACGCAGGAAGAGAGAAGGCAGGGACAGAAGUUGAAGCUCAAAGGGGGGUGGACAGGAAUGGCAGAAGAAAGAUCGAGAAAGUAGCGGAGGAGACCACAAGAAAGGCGCCGUCGUGCACGACUUCCCUUGGCGAGGACGGCGUUCUGUCUUGGGCAUAUGAGAGCGAAGCGCCGUCAGAAGGCGGUUUUCCUGAACGUCCGGGAAAGCGGCGGUACGCGUCCAAACGGCCCUGCGCUACGGGGGCAACGCGAAACGUGGAAGCUACGACGAGCGUCAUGUUUCCGCAAAGCGCAUCCUCGGAAGAUUAUCCUCAGCGCUACAGACUGCAGGCGCAUUCGACUGACCCGGCCGCCUCACAUGAGUCUCUGCGGUGGUCGGCUGUUUCUGUGCGGACUCCGGUCUCUCCGCGUCGUCCAGCUUCUUUCCCUCUGGCUAAUUCGUUGGCAGCCGGACCGCCUGCUUCCCCUUUGCUUCUGCCUCCGUGUCCCCCCUCCGCGAGUCUUCCAGUGUACCUUCUGCAGCUUUGUCUGUCUUCACCAGACGCCUCGUUUCUCUCCCUGUCGCCCGUCAUCCAAGCAGCUUGCGUUGUGCGUUUCCUCCUCCUCGCCUACCGAUCCGCGCGAAAACAUCUGCAGCUUUUAGAGGCCAUUCUCGGGCCUCGAAUCGCCGCGCGAGUUGCCAGCGCGACGACAGUCAUGAAGGGCGUUCUCCUCUCUGCAGUGUACCGCCACUCGCUCUGGAGAUGGCGUCUGCCUGCGAUGGUGGUCCACGCCUUGUUGCGAAACACGGACGAUCCCACGCGCUGCGAAAGAUGCAGCGCAGGAACCAAGCGACAACGCGCGAGGCAAAGCGAAGAAGAGAGAGAGCGGGACGGUAAAGACGAGGAAACAGACGGAACAACUUCUUCCUCGCCGUGCUCGGCGGCUCGCCGGCCGAGACGGGUGGGUCAAGAAGAAGUCGAGCCGGAGCGAGAGAAGGACGAAGAGCGGGCGAGUGUCCCUCUUCGUCUUUCUUCCUCAGGGGCCUCUCAUGGCGAGAGAAAGCGACCGGCCGCGGGGGAAGUUUUUGUGAGGAGGGACGCGGUGAAAGAGGGAACAGAGACGAGACGAGAGCUGAACCCUCGGCAGGUGAAGACGAGACAGGAAGGAAGCGUGAACCUGAAAGUGGGUGCGGCUGGACGCACGGCAGGGAGAUUUGGAAAACCAGAGGAAAAGGAACUUCCUCCUGCAACAUGUCCGACUCCAGUGGGACAGAACAAUGAGAGAAACUGCGGUGAUGUUCAACCUCCAGCAGACCUGUCCACAUCAGCGUCUUUGUCUACAGACCCUUCCGUGGCGAAGGCGAGAGACACCACAAGGGGGUGUUUUUCUCACGCUCACGGAAAAAGCUCUUCACUCAACUUUCUUCCACUUUCAUCUGCUUCCAGAGAAGGUGAGGGAGGAGGCAGGAAAACGGAUUUUUCUCCCGAGCGAAAGGCAUGCACUUUUUCGCCGUCGUUCUCGUCACAUUCUGGAGAAGACGAGGAAACCGAAACGCCGCCCCCUCGCGGGGAACGGAAAUCCAGGCGUCCCUUUUUCUCUCGUCCCUCAGGUUACUGGUCAGACACUGCAGACGAAGACGCAGCAAAGGCAAAUCGUUUCCAGGGAACCAAGAACCUGACAAUCUCUCCCCACUGCCGAUGGAGCGUAGCAGCUCUCCUCUGUCCCCAUGGACAGUCGCGUUGGGAUCUCGCCUGUCCAGAAUGCAACCUGUCCCCUUCUUCCAGCAUUCACCGUCACUUCGCGCGGGAGAAGCAGGAGAGCGGGGGCGUAGAAAACCCUGAGACUUCGGAACAGAAACAGGAGACCGUCACGCCGCUGGAACUACCGGGAGAAGGCUCGCGAAGCUCCGCACGAGAGGAGAAGAGGAAAGAAACGGAAGACGGAGAGAGAGAAAGGACAGCAAACUCGGAGAAAAACACGAGGUAUUCGGAAGGGGUCGGCGGGGAUGAAGAACCAUCCGCCACAAAGGCAGGGAUGAAGGCAGAAGAGGGACAUGGAGGCGGGAAGAGGAGCAGCGAGUGCAGAUCUGAAGAAAGUGAUAUGCCUUUACCGACAUCCACUGUUUGCAAUGGAGCAAAACAGGGAAGGGGCCGAGGUCUCCUUUUGAAACGACAGACGAAACGAUAUCGGAGAUGGGACGUGACAGCAGCACAACUUCUGCAACACGCGCGCGCGGACAAUGAAAAACCAAGAAAAGUCUAA